AUGACCUCACCACGCCCCUCCUCCACAAAUUUGAGGUCGCCAUCAAUCGUUGACGAGCGCCGUAUUUUGCGCAGACUCUCUGGCCUCUCUUUCGCCUCGACUGUCGAUCCCGAAACUGCCCCGGGAGCUCGAAACUCGCAAGGGCCCACCAUCACGGACGAGAUCAGUGAGAUCAAGCGCUACGAGGACUUUACGACGAUUGACUGGGUGCAGGAUGCAGUCAAUGAACAGAAUGCUCGUCGGGUCAAGCGACAGAGCGGGGGCGGUUUCUGGGACCAAGAAGGUGUCUUGGGCUGGCGACGAAAGGUGCGAGAGUCGUACGACGCCGGGCAGGCCUGGCUUGUGGUAACUCUCGUCGGCAUGGCCAUCGGGCUCAAUUCGGCCGUUCUCAAUAUCAUUACCGAGUGGCUAUCCGACAUCAAGCUGGGACACUGCACGACGGCGUUUUAUUUGAACGAACAGUUCUGUUGCUGGGGGGCCGAAGGAGGCUGCCCGGAAUGGAAGCAUUGGACGUCUUGGUGGCUGAUCAAUUAUGUUGUCUACUUCUUCUUCGCGGUCCUAUUUGCCUUUGUCGCAGCGAUCCUAGUCAAGUCUUUUGCUCCAUAUGCUGCAGGAUCCGGCAUUUCAGAGAUCAAGUGCAUUAUUGCUGGGUUUGUCAUGAAGGGCUUUCUUGGAGGCUGGACACUCCUCAUCAAAUCAAUCGCAUUACCACUGGCUAUUGCCUCUGGUCUCUCGGUAGGAAAGGAGGGCCCGAGCGUGCAUUUUGCUGUGUGUACCGGAAAUGUCAUAUCACGCUUUUUCCACAAGUACAAGCGAAGUGCCUCCAAGACGAGAGAAAUCAUGACCGCAUCGGCCGCAGCUGGUGUAGCCGUUGCCUUUGGAAGCCCCAUCGGAGGGGUUCUGUUUUCCCUCGAGGAAAUGGCAAACUACUUCCCUUUGAAGACUUUAUGGCGCAGCUACUUCUGUGCUUUAGUCGCCACCAGUGUUCUUGCUGCCCUCAAUCCUUUCAGAACUGGUCAAUUGGUCAUGUUCCAAGUUUCUUAUGAUCGCACCUGGCACUUUUUUGAGCUAAUAUUCUUCGUGUUUAUUGGUGUCUUUGGAGGGUUAUACGGCGCAUUUGUGAUCAAAUGGAACCUGCGAGUGGCAGCCUUCCGCAAAAAAUAUCUGUCCCAGUGGCCCAUUACCGAGUCACUGGUGCUCGCGGCACUGACGGCCAUCUUGUGCUACCCGAACAUGUUUUUGAAGAUCAACAUGACUGAGAUGAUGGAAAUUUUAUUCCAAGAAUGCGAAGGAGGACAUGAUUACGAUGGCAUUUGCGAAAGCAAGAACCGUUGGUGGACGGUGCUCUCACUUGCCAUUGCCACGAUCCUGCGUACCGUGCUGGUCAUCAUCUCCUACGGCUGCAAAGUGCCUGCGGGUAUUUUUGUUCCAUCGAUGGCCGUCGGGGCGUCCUUUGGUCGCAUGAUCGGCAUCAUGGUGCAAGCGCUCUACGAGUCCUUUCCUAACUCGUCAUUUUUCGCAUCGUGCAACCCAGACGUACCCUGUAUCACUCCCGGCACCUAUGCCUUCCUGGGUGCAGGCGCGGCUCUGAGUGGGAUCAUGCAUCUAACCAUCUCGGUCACGGUCAUCAUGUUUGAAUUGACCGGCGCCUUGACCUACAUUUUACCAACCAUGAUCGUUGUCGGUGUGACCAAGGCUGUCGGAGACAGAUUUGGAAAUGGAGGUAUCGCCGAUCGAAUGAUCUGGUUCAAUGGGUUUCCAUUCCUGGACAAUAAAGAAGACCACGUCUUCAACGUGCCUGUGUCGCACGCCAUGACGACGGAUCCGCUUACUCUGCCCGCGGCCGGCUUCCCCGUGCGGGAAGCAGAGCAUUUGCUGAAUGACAAUAAAUUCCAGGGGUUCCCCAUAGUGGAGGACCGCACCUCGAAGACCCUGGUCGGCUAUAUUGGACGUACUGAGCUUCGGUAUGCCAUCGAUCGCGCCCGCAGCCAGGGCUUACUCUCUCCGCGUGCUCGAUGUGUUUUCACACCCGAAGCGGCCGAGGCGAGCGCCACCCGCCGUGUCUCCGUCUCCCGACAUCUGCGAACUCCUGACACAUUCGAGGACAUUCAGGCCAGUGUUGGGGCCGGAGUCGUGGACUUUUCGCGGUAUGUUGACCAUACGCCCUUGACCGUGCAUCCGCGUCUUCCGCUCGAGACCGUGAUGGAGAUCUUCAAGAAGAUGGGGCCCCGAGUGAUUCUCGUUGAACGCCAUGGCCGUCUGACGGGUCUGGUGACGGUCAAGGAUUGCUUGAAGUAUCAAUUCAAGGUCGAGGCCGAAGAGCAUGCGUUGGCGACGACGGGCGCGGCCGACUUUGCAUCUGCUCCGCUCGGUGGUCAUUUGGAGACUGCUGCCCCGGAGGCGCUGGAAGAUCGACUCUGGCGACUGAUCCUCACCGUUGCUGGGUUUGUCAACGGAUCGAUCCGGCCUCGGGGCCCUGUCCGGCUGCAGGAUUCCCGUCCUCGCGACAGAGCAAUGGCGUCGGAGUCGGAGCCCGGGAGAUCGGAUAACGCUGUGGAUGAUGGCUUUGUGGAACUAGAAGACAGAGACGAACAGACUCGGACUCGUGGGCGAUAG